AUGGCCUGUGACCUCCGUUCUGUUUUUGUUUCUUUGUCGCACCGGACUGAAGGCACAUAUCCUUUUCUUUGUAGAUAUCUCCGGAUCCUCCAUGACGUCCUCGCCUGUUGGCUUCAAAGGGCUCUUUUUCUGACCCGUACGUACUGUCUCUAUCACCCUCUACAUUGCAAGCAGUCACAUCCAAAGCUUGAGCUUUCAUCACUUGUGGGACCCGCUCUUGAAAAUAGCGUCAUGGAGCAAAAUACUGUGCCGAUCAAGUUUUCGCUCCCCGUUUCCGAGGUCUUCUUCAGCAACGAGACAUUGGAAAACUUUUUCAUUUCACUUUUCACCCUGAUCAUCAUCUUUCUCAUCAAUAUAGUCACCGUCAGCCUGCUUCGUCAUCGCGGAGAGAAAAACGAACUCCAAGUCGGCAACUACUUUGACAUGGUCGCAUACAAUGAAAUCUUCAAUUUCACCACCUGGAUAAAGUGGCUCAAAGUGCAACCCGAAAUCAGCAUCGACAAGGCUAAGAAUACCAGUACAACACCUUCCCGGCAAGUCGCUAGGAGGCGCAUAUGCAAGGCAGUCCUGUUGAACGGGUUAGCAGUUGCAUUACAGCUCGCUCUACUGUUUUUUUUUAGCCAAGAAGUGACUCCAUUGAAAUCCGACAAUGUCGGUGUAGUCGUCAAGUACGCACAGGAUGGCCUGACGAGGGUCCGAAGCGGGAAUUGCCUAAUUUCAACGCCCGAGAGGCGCAGAGAACAACUGGGAGGUGUCUUUUCGUCGUGCGUGUCUGUAACGCCUACGAACCAGGAGCCCCUGAAUGGAAACGUUGAUUAUAAAUUUGUACGUGGAGGCAGCACCCUCCUCAUGAUUUAUACGGCGGCAGGGGCUACGAUCACGUCCAAAAUUCAGUUUAGGCACAUUUUUGAAAACGUUCUUGCUACUAAGCUCGACGAAAAUGUCAAUGAGGUGUUCAUGCAAGCAUUCUUAGACGAGGCCGCCGCGAAGAACUGCACUCUUUCGGAUCCAAACAUACGGUCGUUCAGCGGGUGUAGUGAUCUUGAUGUGGUUGAGCUGGGGCUUGCUGCUGCGGAAGCGACAGGAUUCGUUGGUGGUAGCAGCACGUUGGGAGUUGCGCAAACCCUUGAAGAACAAAGGUUUGUUGAGAAACGUGGAGUAAUCGUUGGCAAUAGUGAACUUACUGAUCAUUGA